CGGCAAGCUAUAGACUAGAGAUUUGGCAGAACAGCGGCAUUUCAGAAGCAACGUGCGUUGUCCACAUAGUCAUGUGACUUCCGGUUUAUUCCGACAUUUCCGCUUCCGCUCAUGCUGGUCUGUCAUUGCAUCAUCUCAGUGUACAGUGACCGCGUCCGUCAUGGCUGAGCAGGUUCCAGAGACCAUCAACUUUCCUGCAGAGGAGGAGAAGAUCCUGCAGCUCUGGAAGGCUUUGGACUGUUUUCAGGAAUGUCUCAAACAAUCUAAGAAUAAGCCCAGGUUCACCUUCUAUGAUGGACCUCCCUUUGCGACGGGCCUCCCGCACUACGGGCACAUUCUCGCCGGCACCAUUAAGGACAUUGUGACCCGCUUUGCUCACCAGACUGGCCAUUAUGUGGAGAGAAGGUUCGGCUGGGACUGUCAUGGCUUACCAGUGGAAUAUGAGAUUGACAAGACCCUGGGAAUCAAAGGACCGGAGGACGUCGCCAAGAUGGGCAUCGCUGAAUACAACAAGCAGUGUCGCGGGAUCGUCAUGAGAUACUCGUACGACUGGGAGGUCAGUGUGACCCGGCUGGGCCGAUGGAUCGACUUCAAGAACGACUAUAAGACCCUUUACCCCUGGUUCAUGGAGAGUGUGUGGUGGGUGUUCAGGCAGCUGUAUGAUAAAGGCCUGGUGUACCGAGGUGUCAAGGUGAUGCCAUUCUCCACUGCUUGUAACACUCCAUUAUCCAACUUCGAGUCCCACCAGAAUUACAAGGAUGUGCAAGAUCCCUCGAUUAUUGUCACCUUCCCCUUGCUGGAAGACUCGACUGUGUCGCUUGUGGCCUGGACCACCACCCCAUGGACACUGCCAAGCAAUAUGGCCCUUUGUGUUAAUCCAGAACUGACCUAUGUCAAGCUGAGAGACAAGUCCAGUGGAAAUGUGUACAUUCUGAUGGAGGCCCGGCUGUCUGCCCUGUACAAGACCAACGCCGAAUACCAGAUUCUGGACAGGUUUCUGGGCAUCACCCUUAAAGGGACGCGCUAUCAGCCCUUAUUUGACUACUUUGCCAAGGCUUCAGACACAGGAGCCUUCACCGUUGUAUUUGACAACUACGUCAAGGCAGAAGAUGGCACCGGCGUGGUGCACCAGGCCCCCUACUUCGGAGCGGACGACUACAGGGUCUGCAUGGACUUUGGGAUCAUCCAGAAGGACUCUGUCCCGGUGUGCCCGGUCGAUGCCUCUGGCUGCUUCUCUGAGGAAGUCACUGACUUUGCAGGACAAUACGUCAAGGUGCGAGUCCCACCUAUGGGACCUCCACCUAUACCUACAAUGGAGCCCGCAAAUGAUGUUUCAUCUUCCAUCUUUUUUAGGGUUCCAGAGUUUGUAAGAGAAAAGCGUUUUGGAAAUUGGCUGAAAGAAGCUCGUGAUUGGGCCAUAUCCAGAAACCGGUACUGGGGCACUCCGAUUCCGCUGUGGGUCAGCGAGGACUUUGAGGAGGUUGUGUGUGUGGGGUCCCUGGCGGAGCUGGAGGAGCUGACCAGUUAUAAAGUCACAGAUCUGCACCGUGAAAGUCUGGAUCACCUAACUAUCCCAUCUCGCUGUGGGAAGGGUGUCCUGCGCCGCGUCACUGAAGUGUUUGACUGCUGGUUUGAGAGCGGCAGCAUGCCCUAUGCUCAGGUGCACUACCCCUUCCAGAACAGAAGAGAGUUUGAGGACUCCUUCCCGGCUGAUUUCAUUGCUGAAGGCAUUGACCAGACUAGAGGAUGGUUCUACACCCUCCUGGUCCUCUCUACUGCACUCUUCGGUCAACCACCAUUCAGGAAUGUCAUAGUCAAUGGUCUGGUCCUGGCCAGUGAUGGGCAAAAAAUGAGUAAAAGUAAGAAGAACUACCCUGACCCCAUACACGUGAUCAAUAACUAUGGAGCGGACGCCCUUAGGUUAUAUUUGAUUAAUUCUCCGGUUGUGAGAGCAGAGAAUUUGCGCUUUAAAGAAGAAGGUGUCCGCGAUGUGCUGAAAGAUGUUUUCUUACCUUGGUACAACGCCUACCGAUUUCUGAUGCAGAAUAUUUAUCGGCUUCAUAAGGAGGAGGGCGUCCAGUUUUUGUAUAAUGAGAGUUCAGCAAAGCCAAGCAGCAACAUCAUGGACAAGUGGAUUCUGUCCUUUACUCAGUCACUAAUCCACUUCUUCAAGGCAGAGAUGACAGCUUACAGACUUUACACAGUGGUCCCCAGGCUUGUGCGCUUCGUUGAUAUGCUGACCAACUGGUAUGUGCGUAUGAACCGCCGCCGGCUGAAGGGUGAGAGUGGGACGUAUGAGUGUCUGAUGGCCCUAGAGACCUUGUUCAGCGUGCUGUUCUCCAUGUGCCGGCUGAUGGCUCCAUUCACGCCAUUCAUUACAGAAAUGAUGUAUCAGAAACUGAAGCUGCUGCUUGACCCGGCCUCUGUCCAUGACAAGGACUCGCAGAGCAUCCAUUACCUGAUGCUUCCUCCUGUGCGGGAGAAUUUGAUUGAUAAGAAGAUUGAGAAUGCGGUUUCUCGGAUGCAGUCAGUCAUUGAACUGGGCAGGGUGAUUCGUGACCGGAAGACGCUACCCAUUAAGUAUCCCUUGAAGGAAGUGAUUGUAAUCCAUCAGGAAGCAGAGGCCCUUGCAGACAUCAAAUCCUUGGAGAAGUAUAUUCUUGAGGAGCUGAAUGUCAGGAGUGUAACAGUUUCUACAGAUAAAAACAAGUAUGGCAUCCGUCUGAGAGCAGAGCCGGAUCACAUGGUACUUGGGAAACGUCUGAAGGGUGCAUUCAAGUCCAUCAUGGCUGCCAUCAAAGAGUUGAAGAGCGAGGCACUGGAAGAGUUUCAGAAAACGGGCUCCAUAUUGGUGGAUGGACAUGAGCUGCAUGAGGAGGACGUACGCCUGCUCUACACUUUUGAUCAGCGUGACAGUAGUGCUCAAUUUGAGGCUCAUUCUGAUGCUCAGGUCUUGGUUCUGCUUGAUGUCACUCCAGAUCAGGCCAUGGUGGAUGAAGGUGUCUCUAGAGAGGUUAUUAAUCGUAUCCAGAAGUUACGGAAAAAGGGAAACUUGGUUCCAACUGAUGAGAUAAGCAUCUACUACCGGGUGGAGCCGCAGGGAGAUUACCUGCACUCUGUCAUCCAGGGGCACACAGAUUUCAUUUUGGCCACAGUCAAGUCUCCUCUUAUUCCUUAUCCAGUGCCACCCUCAUCCAGCAUUAUAGUAAAGGAAAAGACACAGCUGAAAGGUUCUGAUCUGGAGAUCACACUGGUCAGAGGUUCCUCCCAGGCCGUGGAUGGUCCUGCCUGCGCCUGUGUCAAGCUGCAUAUAGCUGUUAACAGCACAGAACAAAGUGGAUUCCUACUGCUCGAGAAUCCCAAAGGAGCCGCUGUUUCCAGCGUGUCUGAAGUAAAAGCUGCAGUGUCCGCUAUAUUUCAGCUGAAGAUGGCGCGACUUGCAGUAUUUGAUGGAACCAAAGAAUUGCACAGUGAUGCCGACCCCCUGAGUUUAAAUGGAAAGAUCCUUUACGUUACCUCUGGAGCUGCCCCGGUUGUGCCAAGUAAUGGAGGCCAGCUGGAUUGCCAGUAUGUCAACCUGAGGGUGCUGAGCACCGAUACCCAAGGAACACUUUUGCUGCAAAACCCAAUUGGACAAAAUGAUCUGGACUAUCAGGGCCUGUACCGCGAAGUAGCCCUAGUGUUUGGGCUGAGGAGCCGGCGGUUCCGCCUGUAUCUUGAUGCUGCCAUGGGUGGAGAGGUGACGCAGGGCACAGUGCUGCCUGACCUCCAUACAAAGACACUAUACGUUCACGUGCUCCCAACAACUGCAGAGUGUUAGCCGUGCAGCCACCUGUGUAAAGAAGGACCCCACACGUCUAGCAGUCCUUGCCUCUAUUUAUUCCCUGAAGACCUCCUCUGCUUCUAUUUUGGCAACUGCAGAAAUAAAACUAUACUUUUUGA